GUUGUGACAAAACUCGGUGAGUGAAGGCGCCGCUAACUGACUCGCAAGUAGUUGGCGGACUUGCCAGCGGCCACCUCGCCACUCGCCAGCGCGUAAACUCGCCCGGCGCCGCCGAACGCCAGCGGGGGUCAGCCACGUUCGCCGCCAUGGAGCUGGACAAGAUGGACGAGAAUGACUGGCGCUACCACGGCGAGGGCAACAAGAGCCUGGUGGUCUCCCACGUACAGCUGUCCAAAGUUCUUCGCCUGCUUAAAUAUCCCGCAGAGGACUCUGAAAACCCACCGCAGACGGCGGAGCAGGCCUUCAGGCAGAUCCAGAACAUUGUCGACUUCAGCUCCAACGUGAUGAGCAGACUGCUGGGCGACAAGUUCAUCCACAGCGGAGAAGUGGUGAAGCUGCCGCUGGAGUUUGUGCGUCAGCUGUCAAUCAAAGUUCAACCUCAGCGACCCGCGUGGCGCUGCGACAAAGUGAUGGACAUCUACAGCGGCUGCGCUCUGUGCCUGCCCAACUUGACCGCGCCGAGCCUCCUGCAGCACUCGCACACGCCGCCGCUCUGCGUGGAGAUCAAGCCCAAGUGCGGCUUCCUGCCAUCGGCCAAGCACAUCAGCAGAGACAUCAAGAGCAAAGUGUGUCGCUUCUGUAUGCACCAACACUACAAGGUGUCCAGCGGGCGCUGGAAGAGACGCAGCCUGUACUGUCCCCUCGACUUGUUCUCAGGGAGCCGAGCGAGGAUGCACUUUGCUGUCCGGCAGCUCAUCGAAGAACCUCAGAACAACUUCAAAAUCUUUAAGGGGGGUCAGUGUAUAUACAGCAGCAAGGAGGGCGGCAGCGGCGACGAAGACUCGUCGGACCUCAAUUCUCUGCUCUACCACCUCCGACCUUACUUCCUGUACGCCAACAACCGCAUCCACGCUCACGUGAGCGGCAAGGCUGUCCUCAGCGACUUCAUCCAGGUGCUGGUCAACGCCCUCCUGAACAGCGGCGGCGGCGGAGGUGGCGGGGUCACGACGGACCGGCGGGAAGAGGGCCGGACUUACUGCGAGGCCAGCGUCUUCAACAAGGAGAGAAGUCGACACGGCUCUCAGGGUUUGCCCCAUGACAGUGUCCUCUCCCGCAUCCUGAACACGCAAAUGUUGGACAGCUUGAACAUCGAAGGCCUUUAUCCGCUCUAUCGGCGAGUGGAGCAACACCUGCGUGACUUCCCCAAGGAGAGAAAUGCCCUGCAGGUGGACGGCCCGUACAACGAAGCGUUCCUGGAGCAUCUGCAGAAGUGUCCCGCGGAGGACGACGGCUCGCUGGACUUCGCCGUGUCCAAGGUGCAUCAGUACCGUGUUGCCAUGACGGCCAAGGACUGCUCCAUCAUGGUUGCCCUGGUGCCCGGCGCCGAUGACGAACACGACGAAGACCAGGAUGUGUUGUGCCCUCAGCGUCGCCUGCGAGACUUCCUGUCGUCCCGGCCGCCCACCUUCUCCUACUCGGUGUCCAUCCUGGACCUGGACCCCAAGCCGCUGGACAGCAUCCCCCUGCAGUUAAGCCUGGACCACAAGAUCGUGUCGUGCUACACCAGGACGCUGGCCGCCGCCGUGGACCGAGACGACCGCACGCUGCUCUUCAGGCCCGUCUGAGCGGGCGCCGCCUUUGUAGCGUUUCGCCGGGAACCCGCUUCCUGCUCUCCCCUGCCUUAACUUCCUGUUUGAUUGACUUUGGUGGUGGUGGUGGUGGGGAGGGGGAUGAGAGAGGCAACUUUGUCUCCCUGAAUGGAGGCCUGAUGAGGUGUCUCCAUGGCAACGCUGCUUACCUGGAUAGUGCCAAGAGAGCCUUAGAAGGCUGGUCAUGAUGAUGUCAUUUUCUGAAUGUAUGGCCGGGACCUUUGCCAAACCACUGAGGACCUGCAACACAUUUUUACUUGGACUAAUGUGACCGUGUGUGUGUGUGUGUGUGUGUGUGUGUGUGUGUGUGUGUGUGUGUGUGUGUGUGUGUGUGUGUGUGUGCCCCUUUCACAGAGAUCCUUCAAAGUUGCGGCGUUAGAAAAUACUGUGGUUCUCAGAGAUUUUUUUAACAAAAUAAUGACGUAGUAACGAGCCACUUUCACACACGAGGUUGCGCGUCAAGAGCCAGAACGUUGCGCUCCCGAGGUUUACAAAGGAUUUAUAUCCGAGCUUUAGCAAAUGAAAUGAAAUUGUCGUCGCAAGCCCGCUUCAUGAAAAAGAUUCAGUUUUAAAGCCUUCGCGAAAAAAAAAAAAAUCGUUUGUUGUCACGGGUUUGUUUCACGGCAAAGGAGCUGGUUCCCCCCAAAAAAAUCCUUUGAAUUGACUUAAUGCAAACAUGUUUACCGGUGGCGCGUUUACAUGAUCAAAUCCACUUUUUGUUUUUGCAGUGUAAGAUUCAACGCGCCCACUCGAUAACACACUGACUGGUGAAUGCGG